AUGACACAAAAGAAAUUCAAUGAAUUGCCUACCACAAGAGCAAUUGUGUAUUCUAUUGUAUCAGAUGAAGGAGUGGUGUCAAAAAUUGAGUAUAAGGUUGGACAAAGUGUGUCAGUAUAUGCUCCCAAAAAAGGACAAAGAGAAGUGGAUGACAAUGAUUUAUGGUAUGGAAUCAUUGAGUGUCUCUGUGUGGACAAACGUCCAAAAGCUUUGCAACCUUUUUGGGUCAAAAUACGCUGGUAUUGGUCCAAAGAUCUUCAAGAACAGUCUUUUAAAUCAGCUUCUCAGUCUGAUUCCAGAUUCUUUGACAUGAGAACCAAUGAGCUUUUGCAAUCAGAUCUCACCCAAUGGUCUGAAGCCUCAAUAUUAGCUGGUCAGAAUACACCAUCAAGGUGGUCAAGUUUAAUGAGAAGUCAGGAUCUCAAAGACCUUGGAGUCCUGAUGCUCUAUACACCUGUUGGUGGUAUCAUACAAGAUGUCUUCAAGUCCUUUCACCACCAGAGUCUAUCAGAUCCAGACUUCCUUCUACUCAAGUCCAUCCUGACUUCACUGAUGAACUAUUCAAAGCACUUUUCUGCUGUCCAAUUGAAAGAGGAAUUACAGCUGGAGUAUCUGGAAAUGGAUGGGCUAUGUGUCAGAUCAGGAGAUGGUACAGCCAGUUGA